UGGGUCGGUCAUAGAUAGGGAAGAGGCAACAACUGUUUUGUUUUUAUUCUGUGAGAAGUCUUGUAUUCGGAGGACCCAGGCUAGGUCUCAAACCAAAAGGGUUGAUUGUUUUUGUCAAUAAUGAUUGUUGGCCUGGUUUGUCGUGCGAUCCUGACCCAUCUAAGUGUUCUAUGUCAGCUUCUGCAUGACUUCAGGGCUGCUUAAAAAGAAGAGCACCUGUGUUCCAUCAAAAUGAGGAUCGAAGAAGUCCAGUCGACGACAAAGACUCAUCGAGUGGCCACACACACUCAUAUCAAAGGACUUGGCCUCAAGGAAGAUGGCUUUGCCUUGCCAAUUGCUGCCGGUUUUGUGGGGCAGGAGCAGGGUCGUGAAGCAGCAGGGCUUGUGGUUGACAUGAUCCGUCAGAAGAAGAUGGCAGGAAGAGCGCUGCUUCUUGCAGGUGGACCUGGAACAGGGAAAACUGCUCUCGCUCUGGGGAUUGCUCAAGAGCUAGGAAGUAAGGUUCCCUUUUGCCCAAUGGUUGGCUCAGAAGUGUAUUCUUCUGAAGUUAAGAAAACAGAAGUUUUGAUGGAGAAUUUUCGUCGGGCAAUUGGCCUCAGAAUCAAGGAAAACAAGGAGGUUUAUGAAGGGGAGGUGACAGAGUUGACUCCAGAGGAGACAGAGAGCACAACUGGUGGAUAUGGCAAGAGUAUCAGCCAUGUCAUUAUUGGACUGAAGACGGUGAAGGGCACAAAGCAGCUCAAGCUCGACCCAACGAUCUAUGACAGUCUAGUGAAAGAAAAGGUUGCUGUUGGAGAUGUCAUAUAUAUAGAAGCAAAUAGUGGCGCUGUAAAGAGAGUUGGGAGAUGUGAUGCCUUUGCAACGGAGUUUGACUUGGAGGCCGAGGAAUAUGUGCCACUUCCUAAGGGAGAAGUGCAUAAGAAGAAGGAGAUUGUACAGGAUGUGACGCUCCACGACCUAGAUGCUGCAAAUGCAAAACCACAAGGAGGUCAGGAUAUUCUUUCCAUGAUGGGGCAGCUUAUGAAACCGAAGAAAACAGAGAUUACUGAAAAACUUCGUCAGGAAGUGAACAAGGUUGUAAACAGGUACAUUGACACAGGUGUGGCUGAGCUGGUCCCAGGUGUUCUGUUCAUUGACGAGGUGCACAUGCUGGAUAUAGAGUGUUUCACAUAUCUCAACAAAGCGCUCGAGAGUUCGCUGGCACCCAUUGUAAUAUUUGCAACCAACCGCGGAAUUUGCUGCAUCAAGGGUACUGAUCUCCCAAGCCCUCAUGGUAUUCCAGUUGAUUUGUUGGAUCGCCUUGUCAUCAUUCGUACGCUACCUUACACCCCAGCGGAGAUGGUUCAGAUUCUGGCCAUCCGGGCACAGGUGGAGGGGUUAGUGGUGGAUGAAGACAGCUUGGCGUACCUUGGAGAGAUUGGAGAACGUACAUCGCUGAGACAUGUGGUACAACUGUUAACACCGGGAAGCAUAAUGGCAAAGUCAAAUGGAAGGGACGAAAUUGAAAGGGGUGAUCUUGAGGAGGUUGCAGAGCUGUUCUUGGAUGCCAGGGCAUCAGCACGACUGCUCGCAGAUCAAUCUGAUCGAUAUGUGUCGCAAUAGUGCUUGCGUGCUUUAGUGCACAUGUACUCUCAUGUUUUUUCACGUGACUCCGCGUAGGGAGAAGAAUUAGGAGUUCAAGCCUCAGAAUAGCGUCUCCAGUGUAAGAUCUGCACAGUCGGCAAGCCGUCAUCCUUCCAUUCUUGCUUCCGUCUGCGCAGGGAGAAGAAUAGGAGCUCAAGCCCCACCGAAGCAGAAUAAGAUCCUCCCAACGCAGAAUAAGAUCUGCGUUGGGAAUACCGUCUCCAGUGUAGUGUAGCGAUCCCUCCCUUAUGUGCGGCGCAAUAAGGGAUACCACAAUUUCCCCUGUCUUUUUGGUGUAGCGAGUACUAGCGACAGAAUUCUUCGUGUUUUCUCAGUCUACAGUUGAUGUGUUUUCAUUGUUAAUUGCAAGUCCCCACCGAAGCUCUAUGGCUUCGUCAACGUGUAAUCAUUCAACCACACGCUUGACCAUCAAUCUGCCUCACCUCCUGAUGCGAGAGAGAAGCUGCUCACAAUUAACCGUGCGUUCUCUGCUGUAAAUAUCAAGUAUGCUUUGGGAUGAAUCUGCCUCCUUCCCAGCCUAUCAAGCCCACUUGUAUGCUGAUGUUCUCCCCCCCCCCCAGAAAGAAUCACUCCGUCGUAAGCUACCAACUGCUCUCUGCUUGACGAUGGGAUGAGUGACCCUUUGUUGCAGAGAUCCAAGACGUUGCCCACUUUGCUAUCUCAUGCUGUAUCGCCGGUCUUGCAUGUACAUUGAUUGCACCGAGGCACCAACAUGGUGAUGACGACGUAUUGCUGGCCAUACAUACUGUGCAUGGGGGGCAGAUCACAAACAGUGAAGUUGAAGGAAAAGGCGAACGCGGAGUAUCGCAAGGGGAGACAUGUAUGUAUGGAUACUAUGGAACCACCAGUAGUACUUUUAUUUUUUGACAGCCAUUUCUCCAAGCUGGGACUUGUACAGGCCGAUCGGCCUUUUUCAGGGGUAGGGGCCGCUUCUCCAGGACGUUGACGACUUUUCUGAACGGCCUGCAGACACAGCCGCAUAAAAAGAAUAACUCCCAGAGGUUGCGGAGCAUUUAUGGCUGUGUCUGAAUGCUUGGUGCGGGAAAAGUACUCGUGAGUCUCAUGGUUGAAUAAUACGGCGGGAAGGAAACACAGUGAACGGAAGUUGCUGCAUCUCCAUUUGUAAUACCUAUCAAGAGUUUUGGAAAUGCAAGAUAUUGGUGCAGAAGUUGGAAUUGAGGAUGAUGUGCUGUUAAGGGGCUGAAGGUUGUGGAAGAUGUUAUGGAAUAGAAUUGUGCUACUCUAUGACUUUCAUGAGCCUUAUCCGCGAAGUUGUGCGGUAUGGAAGAGAGAGACUCUGCCAGAUGACAGAGAAACAGAAUUGUGCUAUUACAGCCUUUUAUGAAAAAAAUGCAAUGAACCCGGUCUCGUUGAGAAGCCAGUUAGUAAUGCAAUAGAAGU